UUUUGUUAACAGGAUGCGUCUGACGGCUCGUCGUAGUGUACUAAUUGAAUUUGACGGAUAUUCGUAGGGCUGAAUAGAAAAUCGGCUUGUCUUAUGAAUUGAGUCGGGAAUUGACAAUGGUGCAGGACUGUCGCAGAACGUAUUAUUUGACGCGAACUGUAUCUUAUUGGGUCGCAAAAUAAUAGAAGUUGCGUUGAGGGAGAGCUAUGUUUGUAAACAUACUGUCGCUAUUGGAAUUGAAUCGUCUUUUCUGUAUCGCCGAAUGUAAAUGGAUAUGGCAGAAGAGCGCAAAAGCAGAAAGGGAAUGAGUUCUCCAAUACCAGUUCCAUCUGGAGGCUCACGUCAAAGUUAUGAUCUGUCAUCUCCUGGCCACCUUCCAGAUCAGGGGAGAGUAAUGACACCACCAAAUUCUUCAGGCCGUGCAUCAGUAGGAGCAUCGAUUGAUCAGGGAAGAGUAAUGACUCCACCAAAUUCUUCAGGACGUGCAUCAGUGGGAGCGUCGAUCAAUGUAGCAAACUGGCUUGACAACAGUGUGUCUAAAUCUGGAGAAUCUCCUGCAUCCGACAAGUUACAACCUCUAACAAGAAAAGAGUCGUACAAAGCCCAGCGCAAAAACUACUGCCGAGAGAAGAAAAGAGUGGCUAAAGAACUACUGAGCUCUCUCAAAGAUCCAUCUGUAAUUGUAUUAGCUGACUGGUUAAAAGUUCGUGGCACGCUUAAGAGUUGGACUAAGUUGUGGUGUGUGCUAAAACCAGGACUUUUACUAUUGUACAAGAGCUUAAAAUUGAAGAGUAGUCAUUGGGUAGGAACAAUCCUUCUCAAUACAUGCCAGGUAAUUGAAAGGCCUUCAAAAAAGGAUGGAUUCUGCUUCAAACUUUUCCACCCACUGGAGCAGUCCAUAUGGGCACCUAGAGGACCACACAAUGAAACGAUUGGUGCUGUUGUUCAGCCAUUGCCAACAUCUUACCUGAUAUUCAGAGCACCUUCACAAGCAGCUGGCAAGUGCUGGCUUGAUGCUCUGGAGCUCUCUCUCCGUUGUUCAUCAUUAUUGGUUAGGAGUAGUAGUGCCUGUAACAGAGGCUCAGCUGAUGCUACUACCAGCCACGAAACACAGUGGAGUGAAGCUGAUUAUGAGCGCCAUUUCAAUGAUCAUGAUUUGGAUGACCUCAGCCAGCCAGACAAUGUACCUGAACAGCUCUCACUGUCAGACUCGGAUUCAGAAGGAUCAACUGGCAAGCGAGAUGAAGUGGGUGAUCUGCUGGAUGACCCACCUGAGACCAUAUAUGUUCACCAUGAGGAACGUCCAGAAGAGUUUGGAAGUGCUGGAGAGCAAGUUGAGGAGCUAGCAGAAGAGAAUAAAUCUCUGAUAUGGUAUCUUGUAAAGCAAGUUCGUCCUGGUAUGGAUCUGUCAAAAGUUGUCCUGCCUACUUUUAUUUUAGAGCCACGGUCAUUUCUUGACAAGCUGUCUGAUUCCUACUAUCAUGCUGAUAUUCUUUCACAGGCAGUACUGGAGGAUGAUGCCUUUACCAGAAUGAAGGGUGUUGUAAAAUGGUACCUGUCGGGUCUUUAUAAAAAACCAAAAGGCUUAAAGAAACCUUACAAUCCAAUCCUUGGUGAAACAUUCCGCUGUUACUGGGAGCAUCCAAAUUCAUCUCGGACUUUUUACAUUGCUGAACAGAUUUCACAUCAUCCUCCAGUGUCAGCAUUUUAUGUAACCAAUCGGAGAGAUGGAUUCUGCAUCAGUGCCUCGAUUUUAGCAAAAUCAAAAUUCUAUGGGAAUUCUACAUCAGCUAUUUUAGAUGGAGUGGCUGUUCUAACAUUCCUUCCACGUGGUGAAGACUAUAGCAUUACCAUACCGUAUGCACAUUGUAAAGGUAUCCUCAUGGGAACACUAACUAUGGAAUUGGGUGGGAAGGUCACAAUAGAAUGUGAAAAAACAGGAUACCGCACUGAAAUUGAGUUCAAAUUGAAGCCCUUUCUGGGUGGUGCAGAACAGACAAACAUGAUAUCGGGACAGUUAAAGUUGGGGAAGGAAACCUUGGCAACGUUGGAUGGAUACUGGGACAGCAGUGUAUUCAUCAAAGAUCGGCGUACAGGGGAGGAGCAACUUCUGUGGAAGCCUACACCUGAGAUAAAAUCAAAGAGGUUGAAACGUUACACAGUUCCUAUUGAACAUCAAGGUGAAUGUGAAUCUGAAAAUUUAUGGCAACAUGUCACUGCAGCAAUUCUACGAGAUGACCAGGUUGCCGCUACAGAAGAGAAGACGGUUUUGGAAGAAGCACAGAGGGCUGCAGCAAAGGAACGUAAGAUAAAGGGUAUUGAAUGGAUACCAAAACAUUUUGAGCAGGAUAUUAUAUCUGGCCAGUGGGUUUACAAACAUGCUGAUCUACGGCCAUGGGAUCCUCGCAAUGAUGUAUUGCAAUAUGAAUACAGCUAUGUAAUUCAGACAAAAACAAGACACAGGACACCAAUGAUCCGUACUGCCAGCAUUGUCAGUGUUGAUCCUCAGAAUACACUUCGUCAAACAGAAUCACGCUCAUCUGUAACAGUAAUAAAGUCAUCGAAACACCAGCUUUCUACGCAAGUGAGUCCAGUUGACAGGAACAGUGGAAGCUCAUCCCCAGAAUUCCACAGUGAUUCCAGCCACACUGAAAGGCAUAAAAGUAGUUCUUGUGGGUCUGCAAGAGUGAAAGAAAGCCUCGCUGUAAUGCAGUCACAUCUUCAAGAACAGCACGAAAAGUUAUCUCGCAUUCAGCAUAAUCUAGAGCAGUUGGGGAAGCUACAAAGGGAGCAAGAGAAGGAGAGACAACUUAAUUUUAACAGGCAGUUAUACCGUGCAGCUGUUUUACUUAUUGUGAUUCAGUCCUUCAUAACAAUUAUUUUCUCUUACAUCGUUCAGUGGAAGUAAUUUACUAUUGGGUGACAUAUCUGUGUGAGCAUAUGCUUAACACAGCUGUGUACCUACUGUGACAGCUAUAGAAGAAAAAACAAUCCUCUGUGAUAUAUUUUGUUUGGUUUCAAAAUGGCAUCUUUGAUCAUAAUAGUGAACUGUUUUAGUUGCGUUUAAAAUUGAGAGAGAGAUUGAAUGGCACGUAUGUUCCAUAAAACAUUUGUAAACUUCUGUAAUACUGUCAUUGUAAAUUGAGCUGAUAAUGUAAGUUACAUUCUGGUACCUCACAUUUUAUUUAAAAUGUGCUGUGACUGUUGUGCAGCUGUUUCCCAGUGAACUUAGAUUGUUCAGAUGUUGUAGAUAUUAUUUCGUUUCUGUGUUUGUAUGAAAGAGUGGUGAAUAUUGAGCCUAGUCUGUCUAGGGGCAUGGACGAUCAGACUUGUGUUCUUUUAAAAUUUGGCAGAAAGAAAGUAAACAAGCAUCUUGCUUCUGUGUCAUUGUCAAGUGAGUGAAACUGAAAUGUGAUGUGCUUCCAACUCCCCCCCCCCCCCCCUCUCUCUCUCUCUCUCUCUCUCUCUCUCUCUCUCUCUCU